CUACUAUCAAUAAAGCAACCUUCAGGAUGACAAUCCUGGGCAUUGGUAUCGAUAUCUUGCAUCUGCCUCGUAUCAAGCAUAUCUUGAUUCGCCAUCCAGAAAGAUUCCUCACACGGAUUCUCACAAAAACAGAGCUACAGGAAUACCGGGUUUUAUUGGAGAAGACAAGCGGAAAGGUUGAUGUUGACGCGCCUGUACGGUACCUUGGGGCCAGAUGGGCACUUAAAGAGGCCUCGUACAAAGCCGCGUUCCCACAUCAUAAAUUAACAUGGCAAGACGUUAUUAUCACCAAGAAAGAUGGAAAACCUUGUUUGAUCAUUCCAGAGAAGGAUCGCUUUGGAAUAGGGAAGGCCCAUGCGUCUGUAUCACACGAUGGCGAAUACUUAAUAGCUCAAGUGCUCUUUGAGGUACCAUGAUCCAUUCCUGAUCGGAGCAAUGCCUUAAUAACUACACCCAAUUUUUUUAGAAAGAAACGCCUUAGUAAAC